UUUCAAACAUUCUGCGUUCUGUCUGGCCGUCAGUCAGCGUAUUAUUUCGGCCUCGCGCUUUUCACGUAUCGUUCGGUGAAGGAAAAAAACCUAUCGUCGUCUGUUGGUGGUGAGAAAGAAAGCAAAGCCCAACAGCAGCAACUAGGAAAAGAAGAACAAUCGAGGAAAAAUUUACAAAAUUACUAAUUUUCGACGUCGGUGCGUGUGUUGUUUGAUUAUUCCUGUAAAAUUUGUGUACAAAUUGUGCAGGAAAGUUGCGAAAAGCUAUCCGGAGGAGUUUGUCCGUCGCCAGAUAUGUGCAGCUAGUUGAAAUAUGAACGUUUUCAACCAAGUGAUACCUAGUAUGAAUCCACAAGAGCUAAGUACUAUGGUUUGGAUGGGACAGUUCGCCUCGCCUCUGGAUGAAAACCUGACCAAUCUCUAUGGACAGCCUAUGCCAGCGGUUAUGGACGAUAUCACGCAACAAACGCCCUCGAUGGACAUGAACCCAGCCAUCGGUCCGCUUAUCGGUGACUACAGUGGCCACGUAACGGCAAUCCCAACACCAGCAACGGCCCUUGCUACGAUUUCCAAUUCCGAGCUGGCCAUCACCAAUCCAGAACUGUUUAAUCUCCAGCAGCAGCAGUUGCAAUUACAGCAACAACUUAGUCUAGGGAAUUACAGUUUUCUCGAGCAAAGUGGUCUCGCUAGUCAGUUGGCAGGUACCGGAGCAGGUGGAAGCGUUGUUGGAGGGGUGAACGAUGCGGAUGAUUCGGUAGGAGGAACUCGGAUGGUUGAUGACGAUGACGAAGACGAUGGCCUGAACGAUGAAGAGCAUGCAAUGCAAACAUACGAACAAUACCAACGAAUGGUAGAAGCUAGUAGUGAAUUCCUAUCUGUUGCUGGCCAGGAGAACCUGUUGAAUUACAAGCUAAUGAAUGAAACUCAACUGCUUCAGCCGCAAGGCAAUUUUCUUGACUACGAUGGAUGCACGAACGACGACGAUUCUUCGAGUCCUCCCGGCGGACAGCACGACGAUAUCAAGGUAAUCGAUUAUGCCCAGCACAUUGCCGUAGCGGCAACUGCCGCAUCUGGAGCGUCCGGUGCAACACAGGGCGGGGGUGGUGAACCCAGUGGAACGUCGAUACGAUUUCCGAACAAAAAAAUCAAACCAGUCAAGCGGCCCGGGUUGGUCCUGAAGACACCAAUUGCCUAUAAAGGCGACAGCGAUCCAUCGGUGAUUCCAAUUCAGCGCGAUGGAAUGGCAAUUUGUGAAAAGUGCGGUGCAAUCGGCGUAAAGCACUCAUUCUACACCAAGCAACGCCGGUUUUGUAGCAUGACUUGUGCCCGAUCAUUCGACGCGUUACGUUUGUACAACAGUACCAACAACAACAGCAGCAGCAGUAAUAGCAGUGGCACCGCUGGAAAUAACAGUUCUUCCACUGUCAGCAGCAAAUCACUAACCGUCACCUUGCAAGAGAGCAUCCCUUCGCUGGCAACUCCGUCAGCUUUGCCACCGGAACAACUAAUAGACGAUUCAGCUGACGAAGCGGAGUCUGCUAAUGCGGCUCAAGCUAGUGUCGGAGCAGACAUCGUCGACAGCAAGCAUCUUCUGCAUCAGCAGCAACUACAACUCCAGCAACAGUUGGCGCUGCAGCAUCAGGUUCAACAGUUACAGCAACACCAACAACAACAGCAGCAAGUACAAAAUAUCAGCUAUAGAUUCAAAAUGUCUCAAAUAGGCGACAAUAGUAACCACGGUGUAAAUAGCGACAAAACAAUCAGCCACGAAAUCGUGCCCCAGGAUGAAAUCCCGCAACUUCCUAGGGGUGCACGAUUGCCUUCGCCUUGUGCUCAGGAUGAAAGAAUUAUCAGCAUUCGAAGAAAGCCUUCGGAAUUUAUCAACUCGUUCGAUUGGACCCCUUCGCUGGCAGAUCCGACCUUUUUCGCCGCACCGGUCACCUGCUUUCGGCAUGCUCCUGGCUAUGAGAUGUGGCCAAAUGUUGUAAUUGGCAUGAAAGUCGAAGUGGAGAACACGGAUUGCGACGCUCAGCAGGCUUUGAUCGGCGGGACACCGCAUUCGUUUUGGGUGGCCACGGUGUUACGCAUUUGCGGUUAUAAGGCUCUACUGCGCUAUGAGGGUUUUGAUACAGAUUCGUCAAAGGAUUUCUGGGUAAAUCUGUGUUCUUCCGAGGUCCAUCCGGUUGGUUGGUGUGCAACUCGCGGAAAACCUUUGAUCCCGCCCAAGAGUAUAGCAAAACCGUACAAAGAUUGGAAAGAGUUUUUAGUUAAGCGAUUGUCCAAUGCUAGAACGCUUCCGUCUACGUUUUAUAAUAAAAUCAGCGAAAGUUUUAAAUCUCGUUUCCGAGUUGGUCUCAAUCUGGAAGUAGUGGACAAAAACCGUAUCAGUCAGGUGAAGGUUGCUUCGAUUAACAAGAUUGUGGGGAAGCGGCUUUACGUGCGGUAUUACGAUAGUCCACCGGAUGACAACGGUUUCUGGUGUCAUGAAGACUCUCCACUAAUCCAUCCAGUUGGUUGGGCAACGACUGUAGGUCACAACUUAGCCGCUCCAGAGGAAUACAUGGACCGCAUGAAUGCUGCACGUGACCAGAUUCUGGAACCAAACGAGGAUGAUGCUACUAUGGACUUGUUCAAAACUAAUUUCCAUUUCGAGGAGUAUUAUCUGGAGGGUAAGCAGACUGGUUUCGAGGAAGGUAUGAAGCUGGAGGCCGUUGAUCCUCUUAAUUUGUCGUCGAUCUGUGUUGCAACGGUGAUGUCGGUGUUGAAGUUCGGUUACAUUAUGAUACGUAUCGAUUCGUACGAUCCCGAUGUCAGCGGAGCGGAUUGGUUUUGCUAUCACGAAAAGUCGCCGUGCAUCUUUCCGGUGGGCUUUUGCUGUAGCAAUCAGAUCACCCUAACACCUCCCAAGGGUUAUGAUUUAACAAGCUUCACUUGGGACCAGUACCUGGUAGAUACCAACAGCAAACCUGCGACAGAGGAUCUGUUCCAUCGAGAUUUACUACGACAGAAGUUUAAGGUGGGAAUGAAGCUUGAAUCUGCCGAUCUGAUGGACCCGAGACUGAUCUGUGUGGCAACGAUUUCCCGCGUCGUGGGACGUUUGCUUAAGGUUCACUUCGACGGGUGGGACGAUGAAUACGAUCAGUGGCUGGACAGCGAAAGCCCAGACAUCUACCCGAUCGGAUGGUGCGUUCUGGUAGGUCACAAACUUGAAGGACCUCGUAUACUGCCCAAAAUCCCACCGACGCAGAAAAUCUCCCCCAAGAUUACGAAGAAGGGAAAACGAAAGAAAAAGAUUAUGAAAUACGAGCUGAACACAGCUGAACUGCACCCUGUGGCCACAACACGCACCGCGUCAAUCAAAAAAGAACAGGAGCAGUUCGAACAACAGAAACAAGUUAGUGGCCCCACCCAGAACAACAUCCCUUACUCCAUAUCGGAUCUACACAACAGUUUGGAUCAUAUUCAGUACACAAGCCAUAGCACAGCGAUUUCACUGGAAUCUCGCAGUGCAUCUGGCAGUGGCGCAUCCUCGUCACUUCUCUCAAUCAAACAUGAACCUCCACACGACCCGCUGCUGGGACCGAUCUUCGAUCAUUCAACGGAAAGCAUCGGAGUCGGUGAUGACGACAUGGGCGGUUUAAAAACCGAAGAUGAGGACGGUGAAUCCAACAGUGCCACCGGUAAUCCUUCAUCUGUUCCCUCGGAAAUCACCGACAUUGAGAUGGAAAAAAUCAUUCCACGGCUUAUCAACGACAACGGAACGAGUUCGCCUGACCCUUCGACGGCCGGUGGCCAAAUCAAUCCGGACAGCUGGGAUGUGAAAGACGUGGCCAUGUUCCUUACCGCGAACGAUUGUUCAAUGCACUGCGAGUCGUUCAUGGCCGGUGGCAUCGAUGGUCGGCGGCUACUGCAACUAAGCAAGGAUGAAAUCAUCACCCUGCUAAACAUGAAAGUCGGCCCGUCGCUGAAAAUUUUUGAUCUCAUCCAGCAACUGAAGUGCAAAAUCGAUCCGAGCAAAUCGCGGCUACUCAAAUCCAGUUUGGGAAAAAAGUAUCUGUAGCGAGGUCUUACGGGAGAGACAUAUCCGAUGAGUAUUAACUUAUUUCUCUGUUCUCCAAUUGCGCCACCUGCUGAAAAGUUUUAUUUAGAUGCUUUUCGUUUUUUUUACAACCAGUAGUUUUUCGUCUAGCAAAGUUUAUAGGUUCUUUUUUUAACAAGUACUCUUUCUGUUGUGAUUAAAGAGAAACAUUUUUUUACUAACCAUCGUAUCGGAAAUUCCAAAGCUUUCUGUCGUAGACGAAGUUAAGCAGGUUUGCGCAUAUUGUUUCACGAAUGAACAUUUCCAGUGAUAAAGUGGGCGGGAAGUGAAGAAAGCAAUUACCAAAUACAAAAGAAACAACAUGGAUAACAAAAAACAAUAAAACACUAGUUGAACGUGAACGACAGCGUCACAGAGCUUGCAUUCUGUAGUGUGGGAGUUGUGUGUGCAACAGUGAAUUCUUGCUCGAAUUGCUAAAUAGUGUCUAAAUGGAAAACACAAGAAACAAAGCAAAACAAUACAAAAGUAUAGAAAGUAUACAUGUAUAAAGGUAACAGCUAACAUGCUAGCAGUAGAAUAAUGUUUCAGAAUUUAUUGGAAUAUCUUUUUUACGAGGAAAGAGAAAGCAAAAAGUAUAUUUAGAGUAGACAAACGUGUAAGAAAUAUAAACCGAAAGGAAGUAA